GAUCAGGAUGUGAUAAGGAACGAUUUAUGGAAGUAUGGCCUUUCCCACUAAACCAAAAGGAAACGAAACUGUCUAGUCGAGCAAGGACAACACUACACCGCAACAACAGAAUUUGGAAUCUGAUGGUGACAUCUUCAGUACUACUGUGAACUUCCAGUCAACUUGCUUUAUAUUUUAUAGCAAGCUUUCAGUUUGAACACAUUUUUUGGAUUUUUAAAGUAGUAAAAUGAAAUCAUUUCGAUGUUUCAGUUUAUGUUUAGUUUUUGCUGCCGUUAUAGCAGGCAUGUACGCAGCUACUGACACCAAUCCUGAAAUUCCUACUGUGCCAGUACCUGGAUCUAGCGACGAAACACAAUCGGUGAACAUUACAUUAACAGAAGAAAUUGAUAAUAACUUGAAUCCUGAUACAGACCAAGUGAGUGGUCCUACCACUUCUACUGAAAUGCCAAAAAUAGACGUUCCAAAUAGGCCUGUACCAACUCCAGAUACUCCGGCAGGGGGUUCGGGGAUAACACAUAGACCUCCGCCGCCGGCGGAUAAUCGUCCAUUUUAUUAUCACAUCCCAGUUCCAGGUCCCCCUGGAUCGCCUGGACCAACAGGUACCACUGGAAAUCCUGGUUACCCUGGUCCCCAAGGGCCGAUGGGCUACGCAGGCCCACCUGGAAAUAACGGAAACAAUGGCGCACCUGGUCUUAUGGGCAGACCGGGCGCAGAUGGGCAAAAAGGAGAACGAGGACUAACAGGAAUGCCAGGGGACGCAGGAAUACCUGGUGCACCUGGAGCCCAUGGUUCACGUGGUGAUCCUGGUCCGAUGGGACCACGUGGUCAACUGGGGCCACAAGGAAGGUCAGGCAUUUCAGGACAAGACGGAAUAGUCGGGCCAAAAGGCUUCCGUGGAACUAGUGGUAAACCUGGCCCUCCAGGGUUGAGGGGAUUGCCUGGUAACUGUGAUUGCACAAAAGCUAUGGUGUACCAACGAGCAUUUUCUGUUGCCAGGACGUCCAGUUUAACAGCAACAAAUGGACAUAUGAUCAUCAUGUGGAAUCAUGAAUUUACUAACGUUGGCGGGGAUUUCAACAUGUCUACUGGUAUAUUUAACAUUACUGUACCGGGUACCUACUUCUUUACUAUACAUGUUUACAAGUCAUCUCGGCAAAACUUCCCUCUUGUUCAACUUAUUAAAAAUGGUGAUCACGUGAUUGGUGUAAUUGAUUACGGACCGAAUGACAGUGAAGAUUCUGCUGGUAACAGUGUAAUACUGAACCUAUCCAAAGGUGAUGCUGUUUGGCUGUUACUGUAUGAUGGCAAGGAAGUUUAUAGCAGUCACUACAAGUUUACAACAUUUUCCGGGUUUCUUCUUUUCCCGAAUAUCGAUUGAUUGACCCAGAAAUGGAUUUAAGUUUUUAGGUCAAUAUUUAAAAUAUGUUAACUAGCUGCUGUUAUGUCUCAACCAAGCAUAAAUAAUAAAAUAAUGUAACCUAGGCCUAA